UGGCGGCGGCAUCGGCAUCGGCACCAUGGACCGAUUUAGUCUUUUCGCCACAGGCGCGCUUUCCCUCUUCCUGGGUAGCAGCGUGUACGGUCAGGAGUCAUGCGUCCAGGUGGCGGACCCGACAUGGGCAGCCAACUGCCCCUGCGAAGCGGGCAGCCAGUACUCCUUCACGAUGGAGGGGCAAACGACGUUAUCAGCGAACACGGACCAGCAAGCUGAACGGGUUGAUUGUUGUGUAUGCAACACGGAAUGCCCAUGGUGGUUGGACUCGUCAUGUACUUGUGGGCAUGUGACAUCGCCCGACACCCAUCUCAUCCACCCAUUAUCCCGCAUGCCUAUGACGCAGGUCAACGUGGCCGUCAUCAUCGACUCCUCGGGGAGCGUUAGCACCGCGGACUGGGAGCUGUCGAUGGAGUUCGCCAAGAACACGGUGGCGUCCUUUGCCGAACAGAACCUCUUCACCAACGGCGGGAGCGCGUCCUUCGCCCAGUUCUCUUCUUCAGCUUCGGAGGGCGGCACCUUCUACUCCCUCGAGGACUUCGACGCCUUCGUCGACGCGGAAACAAAGUAUGCCACGUUCGGUGGAUCGACCAACAUCAUCUCCGGCAUUGCCAAGGGCAGGGAGCUCCUCGGCGCCUCCCCCACCACCACUUCGUACAUGAUCGUCACUACCGAUGGAGAGGCUGAUAGCCCUCAGGAUGAGGCCGACGCGGCCCGCGCUGAGGGUACCAUCAUGUACGCCGUCGGUGUGGGUUCGGUCCCGACCGCGGAAACCCUUCUCGCUAUCGGAGGGGACGAAGCGAACGUCUUCGACGUCGACAACUUUGAGGAGUUGGACGUCGUCCUCGAAGACAUCGUCUCCGCGUCCGGCGGCAGCGUGCCCUGCGCCGCCACGGCCGCCACGGUGACGGUCCAGUUCAACGGCAUGGUGACCGAGGCCACCGUGGAAGGCGGCGUGGCCACCUACGACGGCAGCGACGUGAUCUUCACCGUCGACGACCUCGAGGCCACCCCAACCAACUUCGAGGUCUGGCUGGACUGGUGCGGGCAGCCUGAGGGCGCCGAGGUCAUCGCGUCUGUGUCCUACGCCGACGAUGAGGGAAACACGCCCGACCUGUCUGCCCUUGAGGGGGAGGCGGUCGUGCCCGUCUGCGGUAAGUCACGGCACACGCGUUUACACUUCGUUGAAACGAAACAAAACCAUCAGACUAGCAAUCAGCACUGACUGUUCAGACUGGUAGACUAGUCAGACCAGACUAGUCGAAUGGUUUGACGUGAAGACAGGGUGGUUGAUGUCGACGUGAAAGUAUCUAGCGCCAUGCUGAUGAGGCACCGACCACGGAGAGAUGGUAGAUUCGGCCACGCACACGAGGCUCAUGUUGAUACGGUUGUGGUGGUACUCUCGAUGUUGUCUUGACCUGCCCAUAUUUAUUAGUAAGCCGUGCUGAUCAGAUUUUGUGGCGUUUGUUUUUGUAGCGGUAAUCGCGAUGUGGUGGCCUUCCGGUUCGUUGGCGAUGAUGCUGCAUGUU